GGUAGGAGCGGGAGUUCAAGCGGAGUAGGGAAGGGGCUAGGGGUCGGGGGGUGGGGGGAGAAAUCUGGGGUGGACAACCGGACACCACACGAGCAUCGCCUGUGACGGCACCCCGGGUCCGGUCGAGGGCAGCGGGGGGGGAGGAGAGAAGGAGGAGGAGGCGGGAGCAGCAUCCGGAGCUGAGCUGCAGCAGCGCCGCCUUUUGUGCUGCGGCCGCGGAGCCCCCGAGGGCCCACGGCUCACCACCACACUGGGGCCCAGAGGUCAUGGCCUGCCUCCAUGAGACCCGCACACCCUCCCCUUCCUUCGGGGGUUUUGUGUCCACCCUAAGCGAGGCGUCCAUGCGCAAGCUGGACCCAGACACUUCUGACUGCACCCCUGAGAAAGACCUGACGCCCACCCAGUGUGUACUUCGAGACGUAGUGCCACUGGGUGGGCAGGGCGGAGGUGGGCCCAGCCCCUCCCCAGGUGGAGAGCCACCCCCUGAGCCUUUUGCCAACAGUGUCCUGCAGCUACAUGAGCAGGAUGCAGGGGGCCUAGGGGGAGCCACUGGGUCCCCUGAGAGUCGGGCACCCAGAGUUCGAGCAGAUGAGGUGUGGCUGCAGUGCCAGAGCGGCAGCGGCUUCCUGGAAGGCCUCUUUGGCUGUCUUCGCCCUGUCUGGACCAUGAUCGGCAAAGCCUACUCCACAGAGCACAAGCAGCCGCAGGAAGACCUUUGGGAGGUUCCCUUUGAGGAAAUCCUGGACCUGCAGUGGGUGGGCUCAGGGGCCCAGGGUGCUGUCUUCCUGGGGCGCUUCCAUGGGGAGGAGGUGGCAGUGAAGAAGGUACGGGACCUGAAGGAGACUGACAUCAAGCACCUGAGAAAGCUGAAACACCCCAACAUCAUCACUUUCAAGGGUGUGUGCACCCAGGCUCCCUGCUACUGCAUCCUCAUGGAGUUCUGCGCCCAGGGCCAGCUGUAUGAGGUACUGCGGGCUGGCCGCCCUGUCACCCCCUCCUUGCUGGUUGACUGGUCCAUGGGCAUCGCCGGUGGCAUGAACUACCUGCACCUGCACAAGAUUAUCCAUAGAGACCUCAAGUCCCCCAACAUGCUAAUCACAUACGACGAUGUGGUGAAGAUCUCCGAUUUUGGCACUUCCAAGGAGCUGAGUGACAAGAGCACCAAGAUGUCCUUUGCAGGGACAGUAGCCUGGAUGGCCCCUGAAGUGAUUCGUAAUGAACCUGUGUCUGAGAAGGUCGACAUCUGGUCCUUCGGUGUGGUGCUAUGGGAACUACUGACUGGUGAGAUCCCCUACAAAGAUGUGGAUUCUUCAGCCAUCAUCUGGGGUGUGGGAAGCAAUAGUCUCCAUCUGCCUGUGCCCUCCAGCUGCCCAGAUGGCUUCAAAAUCCUGCUUCGCCAGUGCUGGAACAGCAAACCACGAAAUCGUCCAUCAUUCCGACAGAUCCUGCUACAUCUGGACAUCGCCUCAGCGGAUGUCCUUUCCACACCCCAGGAGACUUAUUUUAAGUCCCAGGCAGAGUGGCGUGAAGAGGUAAAGCUGCACUUUGAAAAAAUUAAGUCCGAAGGAACCUGUCUGCACCGCUUAGAAGAGGAGCUAGUGAUGCGGAGGAGGGAGGAGCUCAGACACGCCUUGGACAUCAGGGAACACUAUGAACGGAAGCUGGAGCGAGCCAACAACCUAUACAUGGAACUUAAUGCCCUUAUGUUGCAGCUGGAGCUCAAGGAGCGGGAGCUCCUCAGGAGGGAGCAAGCUCUAGAGCGGAGGUGCCCAGGUCUGCUGAAGUCACACCCUUCCCGAGGCCUCCUGCAUGGGAACACAAUGGAGAAGCUCAUCAAGAAAAGGAAUGCUCCACAGAAGCUGUCACCCCACAGCAAAAGGCCAGAUAUCCUCAAGACAGAGUCUUUGCUACCAAAACUAGAUGCAGCCCUGAGUGGGGUGGGUCUUCCUGGGUGUCCUAAGGGUCCCCCCUCACCAGGACGGAAUCGCCGUGGCAAGACCCGUCAUCGCAAGGCCAGCGCCAAGGGCAGCUGUGGGGACCUGCCCGGGCUUCGUGCAUCUAUGCCCCCCCAUGAACCUGGGGGACCAGGAAGCCCAGGAGUGCUAGGAGGGGGACCCUCAGCCUGGGAAGCCUGCCCUCCAGCUCUCCGUGGGCUGCAUCACGAUCUCCUGCUACGAAAGAUGUCCUCUUCGUCCCCAGAUCUGCUGUCAGCAGCACUGGGAGCCCGGGGCCGUGGGGCCACAGGGGGACCUGGGGAUCCUGGCUCACCACCUGCAGCCCGGGGUGACACCCCCCCAAGUGAGGGCUCAGCACCUGGCUCCACCAGCCCAGAUUCACCUGGGGGAGCCAAAGGGGAGCCACCUCCACCAGUAGGGCCUAGUGAAGGUGUGGGGCUGCUGGGAACUGGAAGGGAAGGGACCUCGGGACGGGGAGGAAGCCGGGCUGGGUCCCAGCACUUGACCCCAGCUGCACUGCUGUACAGGGCUGCUGUCACCCGAAGUCAGAAACGUGGCAUAUCAUCAGAGGAAGAGGAAGGAGAGGUAGACAGUGAGGUAGAGCUGACAUCAAAUCAGAGGUGGCCUCAGGGCCUGAACAUGCGCCAGUCCCUAUCUACCUUCAGCUCGGAGAAUCCUUCAGAUGGGGAGGAAGGUACAGCUAGUGAGCCAUCCCCCAGCGGGACACCUGAUGUUGGCAGUACCAACACUGAUGAGCGGCCAGAUGAGCGGUCUGAUGACAUGUGUUCCCAAGGGUCAGAAAUCCCACUGGACCAACCUGCUUCAGAGGUAGUUACUGGCCCUGAACCCAGCUCCUUGCCCAUCCAGCACCAGGACCUACUCAGAGGGAACAAGGGCCCUCCCAAUUCUGAGGACUCAGACUGUGACAGCACUGAACUGGACAACUCCAACAGUGGUGAAGCCUUGCGGCCCCCAGCCUCCCUCCCUCCAUGAAAGCCACUUAUUCCUGUACAUAGAGAAAUAUUUAUAUAAAUAAUAUAUAUGCGCCACAUAAUCAACAGAGAAAGACAGGGCUAUCCCAGCCUUAAGUCAGGCUCAAGGGAGACUAACUCCUGACUGAUCCACCUGAUAAACUCUAGGGACACUGGCAGCUGUGGAAAUAAAGGACAAGGACUGCCCUAGAGUUGUCGGUAAGGGCAAACUGGCCCCUCCCUGCUCCACCCCAUUAUGCUCAGCAAACAGGCAGUAGAGAAAACAGACUUGCCUCCUAUGAUCCUCUAUACCCUUUCCCCCAAACCCUGAGGAAGAAAGGGAGCCACUUAACUGCACUUUUGUUUUGUUUACACAUUUUGCACUUGAGGAGGGAGACUAAGGCUGGGUCCUAUCCUCUUGAGUUUUCUCAGGUGCAAUGUAACUAAUUUCUUUGUCCCUCCAUUUCUCUGCCCAAGUCCUGGCUUAGGGUCUAGGAGGGAGGUUAGAAGGUUGUAAAAGCAUGUGAUGGCUCAGGCUGAAGAACUGGGGUGUUAAGUCCCUGCUUUUAUCUUGGUGCCUGAUUGGGGUGGAGACUGUCAUAUUGUAAUCCCUGUGAAAAACCUUGAAAUAUAACCACUCCAUGCAGGCCCAGCUGUUGAGGGUUUUCUUGGUAAAUGAAUGGGGUAGCACACAUGGUGAAGUAGUAGCCUUGAGCUCCAGAUAUUAUCUGAGGACUGUGGUCACAUUCUUCCUUUAAUGCUUCUCUCUCUAAAUGAACAUCACUUAAAGCUACAACCUGCUAAAUUAUCUGCAUAAGUGGGAGCAGUUAACUCUAAAGGAUGAAUAUGGAGAGGACUGUGCAUGAGUAGUUAUUAAAAAUGAGGACACUUUAGCUUGGGCAAGAGGACAUUCCUAGCAACCUGAAUCCCAGCCCAACACACUUCCAACUGCUUCUGUGUACACGCCUGUGUGUGUGUCCUCCCCACACCCUCCUCCCCACACCCUCCUACCCCCACCCAGUGGAAUCGCUUGCCUAUUCUUUACAGGUAAAUCCUAGAGAAUGUAAUCUCCCAUCUUUGAAUCAAAGGCACAGGCAGCCUGUGCUAACUAUUAGGAUCACUUCAAUGCAGGUCUCAAGGAAAAACCCAAUCAAGGGCUACAAAAAAAAAAAGAUGGAGUGGUAAACAGAAGAAACAACUGGAGUAAAGGUUCAUAUUAAUAACCCAAGCAGGGUCCUUGUCCUUUGAGGGAUGAAAGGUACAAAAUAAAACAGCAAGACAACAGGAAUAAAACCCACGUGAAUCACUGUGGCAUCCAGUUUCUAUUCACAAAGAAAAAGCUCCAGUCCAUCUUUUAAUUUUUUUUUUUGAAAAAUUCCUGACAUUACAGAACUAAACUGAAAUGUAUUAAUAUUCCACUCUUACAUUUCCAUGACAAACA